CCGCGCCUCCUGUGUUGCCUGCCGACUCCUCCAGCCCCGCCGUGGCCCCGGACCUCUUCUGGGGAACUUACCGCCCUCACGUCUACUUCGGCAUGAAGACCCGCAGCCCGAAGCCACUCCUCACCGGACUGAUGUGGGCGCAGCAGGGCACCACCCAGGGGACUCCUAAGCUCAGGCACACGUGUGAGCAGGGGGACGGUGUGGGUCCCUAUGGCUGGGAGUUCCACGACGGCCUCUCCUUCGGGCGGCAGCACAUCCAGGAUGGGGCCUUAAAGCUCACCACUGAGUUCGUCAAGAGGCCUGGGGGUCAGCACGGAGGGGACUGGAGCUGGAGAGUGACUGUAGAGCCUCAGGCCUCAGGUACUUCUGCCAUCCCUUUGGUCUCCCUGUUCUUCUAUGUGGUGACAGAUAGCAAUGAAGUCCUAAUACCGGAGGUUGGGUCCAAGGGGCAGUUGAAGUUCAUCAGUGGGCACACCAGUGAACUUGGUGACUUCCGUUUUACACUUCUGCCACCAACUAGUCCAGGGGAUACAGCCCCCAAGUAUGGCAGCUACAAUGUCUUCUGGACCUCCAACCCAGGACUGCCCCUGCUGACAGAGAUGGUAAAGAGUCGCCUAAAUAGCUGGUUUCAGCAUCGGCCCCCAGGGGCCUCCCCUGAACGCUACCUCGGCUUGCCAGGAUCUCUGAAGUGGGAGGACAGAGGCCCAAGUGGGCAAGGGCAGGGGCAGUUCUUGAUACAGCAGGUGACCCUGAAAGUUCCCUUUUCCAUAGAGUUUGUGUUUGAAUCGGGCAGUGCCCAGGCAGGAGGAAAUCAAGUCCUACCAAGACUGGCAGGCAGUCUACUGACCCAUGCCCUGGAGAGCCAUGCUGAGGCCUUUAGAGAGCGCUUUGAGAAGACCUUCCAGCUGAAGGAGAAGGGCCUGGGCCCUGGUGAGCAGGCUUUGGGUCAGGCUGCCCUCAGCAGCCUCCUUGGUGGAAUUGGCUACUUCUACGGACAAGGACUGGUAUUGCCAGACAUGGGGGUGGAAGGGUCUGAGCAGAAGGUGGACCCAGCCCUCUUUCCACCCCUACCUCUUUUUACAGCAGUGCCUUCCCGGUCAUUCUUCCCACGAGGCUUCCUUUGGGAUGAGGGCUUUCACCAGCUGGUGGUUCAGCGGUGGGAUCCCUCCCUCACCCGGGAAGCCCUAGGCCACUGGCUGGGGCUGCUAAAUGCUGAUGGCUGGAUUGGGAGGGAGCAGAUACUGGGGGAUGAGGCUCGAGCCCGGGUACCUCCAGAAUUCCUAGUGCAACGAGCAGUCCAUGCCAACCCCCCAACCCUACUUUUGCCUGUAGCCCAUAUGCUAGAGGUUGGUGACCCUGACGACUUGGCCUUCCUCCGAAAGGCCUUCCCCCGCCUGCAUGCCUGGUUCUCCUGGCUCCAUCAGAGCCAGGCAGGCCCAGUUCCACUAUCUUACCGCUGGCGGGGACGGGACCCUGCCUUACCAACCUUACUGAACCCCAAGACCCUACCCUCUGGGCUGGAUGACUACCCCCGGGCUUCACACCCUUCAGUCACCGAACGGCACCUGGACCUGCGAUGUUGGGUGGCACUGGGUGCCCGUGUGCUGACGCAGCUGGCAGAGUAUCUGGGUGAGGCUGAGGUAGCUGCUGAGCUGGGCUCACUGGCUGCCUCACUGGAGGCAGCAGAGAGCCUGGAUGAGCUGCACUGGGCCCCAGAGCUAGGAGUCUUUGCAGACUUUGGGAACCACACAAAAGCAGUACAGCUGAAGCCCAGGCCCCCUCAGGGGCUGGUUCGGGUGGUGGGCCGGCCCCAACCUCGACUGCAGUAUGUAGAUGCCCUUGGCUAUGUCAGUCUUUUUCCCUUGCUGCUGCGACUGCUGGACCCCAACUCAUCCCGCCUUGGGCCCCUGCUGGACAUUCUAGCUGACAGCCGCCAUCUCUGGAGCCCCUUUGGUUUACGCUCCCUUGCAGCCUCCAGCUCCUUUUAUGGCCAGCGCAAUUCAGAGCAUGAUCCCCCCUACUGGCGGGGUGCUGUGUGGCUCAAUGUCAACUACCUGGCUUUGGGAGCACUCCACCACUAUGGGCAUCUGGAGGGUCCUCACCAGGCUCGGGCUGCCAAACUCCACAGUGAGCUCCGUGCCAAUGUGGUAGGCAAUGUAUGGCGCCAGUACCAGGCUACAGGCUUUCUCUGGGAGCAGUAUAGUGACCGAGAUGGGCGAGGCAUGGGCUGCCGCCCUUUCCACGGCUGGACCAGCCUUGUCUUACUGGCCAUGGCUGAAGACUACUGAAGGGAGGGAGAGGAGG